AUGCAUCUCCAGACCGCCCUUGCCGUUCUGGCUUCUGCUGCUCACCUUGCCUCUGCAGCUCCAGCUGCUGAGAGCAUCAAGCAGAAUUCUCCUCUGAGGCUCAUCAAGACUUCUGAAGAAGAUCCCGGUCGAUGGGUGACUGAAGAAGAGAAGGCAAAGUUGGUGCUCGGCUCCAAGCGCAUCAACUUCAUCGACAUCACCGACAUCCAGGAUGAGGCUGUUCUUUCCGUUCUCUCGACGCCUCCUUCGGAAUCUUCCCUCGAGGCCCGUCAAGUCAGGUACCCGACGACUUUGACGCACGUCGCUGAAGCCAAUGCCUUGAUUGCCGGAGUGUCUAACACUAGGCCUCAGAGCUGGCUCCAGACUUUGACCAACUUCCAAAACCGCCACUACCAGUCGACAUACGGCACCCAAGCGAGCACUUGGCUCUUCAACCAGGUCACAACGGUUGCGGCCGCGAACCCAGCUAUCACUAUUCGUCGCUUUACGCACAGCUUCAACCAGCCAUCGAUCAUUGCCCGUAUCCCGGGCACCAGCCCCAACCUCGUGAUCGUUGGCGCGCACUACGACUCGACUGCUGGGUCCAGCACUGCCCGUGCCCCUGGAGCCGAUGACAACGGCACCGGUAGCGUCAACACCCUUGAGGCGCUUCGCAUCCUUGCCAACUCCGGCUUCAAGCCCAAGAAUACCCUCGAGUUCCACUGGUACGGUGGUGAGGAGGGUGGUCUUCUCGGAUCGCAAGCAGUCUUCCGCAACUACGCCUCCACCGGCGCCACCGUCUUGGCCAUGCUCAACCAGGACAUGACCGGCUACUCGCCCGGUGGCCGCCCUGUCGUCUUCAGCGAUUACGUCGAUGCCUCGUUGAGCUCCUAUGUUACCCUCAUCGCCCGCCAGUAUACUGGCCUGACUACUGGUACCUCUCGCUGCGGCUACGGCUGCUCUGACCACGCCAGCGCUCGUGCUGCCGGUUUCCCCGCUGCUUUCGUCGCUUCGGAGCCUUUCGCCUCCUCCAACCCCAACAUCCACUCUUCGCGCGAUACCUAUGCCAGUAUCCAGUGGGCCUCCGUCCUUCGCCACUCCAAGUUCACCGUCGGUUUCCUCGUUGAGGCCUCAUACCUUUGA